AUGAUGCCGACAGUAGAGGCGGUGGACGACGAUGAAAUAGUCGUGGAGGCCGACCCCUUCUUGCUGCGUCUACAACCGAAACCAAAGGACUUUUCUCUACAAAUGAAAGUUACGGUUCUUUGGACUGUCGAGAACAUAGUUCGCCAGUACUUUGAAGAUAUGUACGGAGACUCGGAUGAAACGCUGUUCAUCGGGGCGGGGAUUACUGGCUUGAGUGUCAUAAACGAAGAUGAAGAAGCAUUUGAAACAAUCAAGUUUUUAGGGGGAGCUGUUGCGUUUCAUCCUUCAUCCCCUCUCCUCCCCAACUCAACGGCUGUUCAAAGCUCGAUCCGAGACGCUCUGCAAGAGAGUGUCGUCCUUGAAAAGCUUGGGAUUUACUUUCCCUCUGUAACUAAGGUUGAUUACGUACCGUUAGUUCUUGGAAAUCGUGGAAACUUCGGGUACGGUGUACCCGACGAGGAAGAUUCCCUCAGCAGCAACGACAAUUCCCUUGACGACUCUGCUAGCGAGAAACCCGUACCGCCAAAGCCACUGCCUGAAGUUACCCGUAGCAGCCUUGAUGAUGAAGAAGACGAAGAUGAAAGAGGCAUUACCACCGAAGAAAACCAGAUCGCAGAAGCGCAGACGACCUCGCAAACCUAUAGUGCAGGAAACUCAAAGAAAACUACUAUUGGUUUGUCAACUGGGGUGGCCCUUGGAGGUGCCAUCAUUGUGCUUCUGAUUGCAUUGCUGUUUGAAAGUCGACGGCGUAGAAUGGACAAUUGGAGAGAGUCGGGUCGGGAUAGCCCUCCAUCUCAGGAAGACAAGGCCGGAAAGGAAAAGCCGGCAAGCUCGAUGGCUCCCAGGUACUACAUCGAAGACGACUCAGAAGGAGCUUUGCGGCUACCUCGCAUCUGGGGUGUGUCUCCAUCACAACGGAUGGAUUCUGGAACGACCCCAGGAUCGUCGGAUGUGUCCAACGAAGGUGAUUCCGUUCAGGAUAUCUUAACGUGCACUAGCAUGGAUCGACGCUCCAUACAGAACGUCGAGAGCUUUGAGCACCAAAAACGACUCGUUGACACUCUCAAGAAAGAAAUGAUGGCCAGCAAUGCAGAAGUCCACCCGUAUAUGCAAGAUACCCAUCUUGACAAUACUGAGCCAUGCGCCCUUUCACCCACCGACCUCUCGGCAGCUGCGCUCGAGAACACAACGCCUUCGCGGCCGGUACCAAACUGGACUUCCCCAUCUGACAGCAGCUUUACUGGCAGUGGAUCAGGCUAUGAUUCACCAUCAUCGCCGCUACGUGCCAUAAUGGGCUCUCUACGAAUGUCAUCAAGACAAAAGACGUCUUCAUCAAGAAGAUCCCGCCGUCCUUUCCAGGAACCGGCAGCUGUCGAGCUGUAA